AUGAGCAAUUCGUUUGCAUUUCGACUUCAGGGAGUAGCAGUUAAAGGGAAAUUAACCUGUGGAGGGAAGCCGUGGAAGAAUGCAAAAGUCAAACUAUUCGAUAUCGAUACAAAUCCUGGUGACCCUGAUGAUCUCCUGGACGAAAAGUACACUGAUAAAGACGGUGAAUUUCGUUUGGAUGGAACUACAAGAGAAAUGACGCCAAUUGAUCCAGUACUAUACAUUUAUCAUGACUGUGAGGACUCCAUAAAAGUACGUCUUGACUUUUCAAGAUAA